GACUGAACGAGGGGAGAUGGAGAGUCAGCUGAACGCCAGGGAGGUCAUGUGAUGUGUGCCGGUUGUGGGUGGGGCCUCAGUGCAGUGAGUCAGAAGUUUGUGUGAUAUACAGGCGGCAGAGCAGCAGCUGCAGCACUCUCUCGCAUCUCACAGCUACAAUCACGCACACAGCGCCGGGGCCACCAUGUCCGUGCUCACGCCCGUCUUCCAGCACAUAGACAACAACCAGGAUCUCUAUGUUAAGAGACUGGCAGAAUGGGUCGCUAUCCAAAGUGUAUCAGCCUGGCCAGAGAAAAGGGGUGAAAUCAAGAAGAUGAUGGAAGUGGCUGCAAAGGAGAUUGAGCGUUUGGGAGGCACUGCUGAUUUGGUGGACAUUGGCAAACAAAAGCUCCCAGAUGGCUCAGAAAUCCCUCUUCCUCCUAUUAUUUUGGGCAAAUUGGGUUCCGAUCCUGGUAAGAAGACGGUUUGUGUUUAUGGGCAUUUGGAUGUGCAGCCGGCAGCCCUGGAGGAUGGUUGGGACAGCGAACCCUUUGUCUUGGAAGAGCGAGAUGGUAAAAUGUACGGGAGAGGCUCAACAGAUGACAAAGGUCCCGUUCUUGCAUGGCUUAACUGCAUUGAAGCAUAUCAGCAAACCAAGCAGGAACUUCCUGUCAACCUAAAGUUCUGCUUUGAAGGAAUGGAGGAGUCUGGGUCAGAAGGUUUAGACGACUUGAUUUUUGCCAAAAAAGAUACUUUUUUCAAAGAUGUGGACUAUGUUUGUAUUUCGGACAACUACUGGCUUGGGAAAAACAAGCCUUGCAUCACCUAUGGCUUACGUGGUAUCUGCUAUUUUUUCAUUGAGGUUGAAUGCAGCAGUAAAGAUCUUCACUCGGGUGUAUAUGGAGGUUCUGUUCAUGAGGCAAUGACUGAUCUCAUUUUUCUAAUGGGUAGUUUAAUAAACAAAAAAGGAAAAAUCCUCAUUCCUGGAAUAAACGAAGCUGUGGCCCCACUUGCAAAUGAAGAGAAAGCGAUUUAUGAUGCUAUUGACUUUGAUCUUGAGGACUUUGCCAAAGAUAUCGGUGCUAGCAGACUCCUACAUGACACAAAGGAUAAAAUAUUGAUGAACAGGUGGCGAUACCCAUCUCUCUCUCUUCAUGGUAUUGAGGGAGCCUUCUCUGCUGGAGGAGCCAAAACCGUUAUCCCUAGAAAAGUCAUAGGCAAAUUCUCCAUAAGAUUAGUGCCAGACAUGGAUCCAGAGGAAGUGAAGAAACAGGUGGAAGAUUACUUGACAAAGCAAUUUGAAUCUUUGGGUAGUCCUAACAAGUUUAAAGUGACAAUGGGUCAUGGAGGAAAGCCUUGGGUGUCCGACUUCAACCAUCCUCAUUACCUUGCUGGAAGGAAAGCCAUGAAAACUGUUUUUAAUGUUGAACCUGAUUUAACCAGAGAGGGUGGAAGCAUUCCUGUGACUCUCACCUUCCAGGAGGCCACCGGAAAGAAUGUCAUGCUGCUGCCUGUGGGCUCAUCAGACGAUGGAGCACACUCGCAAAAUGAAAAGCUUAACAGGUAUAACUACAUUCAGGGCACCAAACUGCUGGGAGCGUACCUGUACGAGGUGUCUGAACUGGAUUAAUGCCCCAUUUGUCAUCUCCUUAAAAAGAAAAAAGUCAAUACUAAUGUAACCGCACAAUUCAAAUUAGUGACUAACAUUUUGUAUAUACCUGCACUUAUGUUUUUUCUAUUUCAAGUAAAGACAGCAGUGGUAAA